AACCUUUGCCCAUUUAUAACUAAAUUUGCAUGGCUAACCGUGGAGAACCAUCAUCCCCCCCGCCUUCUAAUCCUAAUCCUAAUCCUAAUCCUAAUCCAAAUCCUACUACUACUACGGGUGGCGGGGGAAGCUCUUCCACCCGCCACCCUGUAUAUCAUGGUAUCAGAUGCCGAGGUGGGAAAUGGGUGUCUGAGAUUCGCGAGCCAAACAAGACCAGCCGUAUAUGGCUAGGCACGUAUCCAACACCCGAGAUGGCUGCGGCAGCUUACGACGUGGCUGCCUUGGCACUAAAAGGUACUUAUGCGGUACUAAACUUUCCAGACUCUGUUGAUCUCUCUAGCAAACUCUCCGGAUCCCCGACUCCGGAUGAUAUCCGUGCGGCAGCAACCAGAGCUGCAAUAGCUCAAGCUCUGACUGAUGAAAGUAAUAGUAGUGCUGCUGGAGAUGAUGAGCAUGUGGACGCUCAAAGACGGAGCUUGUAGGGAGGCCAAAGGCCCCCCGCCCGACCAACACAGCUUUUCUUUUUCUUUUUUUUAUUAUAUAUAUAGAAUUUUAUUUUAAAAGUUAUUUUCAAGACUACUUGGCUCUUCCGGCCACGUGCAGCUGGGAAAGAUGUUAAUCCCAUGCACCAACAACAGUCAUCACUAGUAUGUAUAAUAUGUCAAAUGAUGAUUGAGUCCGAUAAUUAAUUUCCGGUAGCUAGCUAGAGGGAAUCUAUUGGAUUACAUAAUUAAUUAUAUAAGCUUUUGUACCAACCGUCGGUAGGUUGCAUAAAUAUCUAAAUAUUUGUGGGGAUGUAAUGUAUCCAUAUCUUCUAUUUCAUCCACUACCGUCGGUUGCCAAUAAAAGAAGACCUAUAUAUAAUUAAUGAUGAAUCAAGUGUUUGGAUCGAGUUUCGUAGGUGAAUUAAUGUAACUCACCAAUUUAUAACUUGUAUGAUUAUCAAUGGCAUCUGGUAUUCCGAGCAUGAUUUUGGUAACCCGACCAGAUUAUUAAUGACAGAGAGCUCGUUUUUUACCC